AUGUUAUUUAUUUUACUAUCUUCAUCAUUAGCACACUAUAUAAACUUCGAUAUUGGAUCACAAUUUGUUCGUGGAGCAAAGAUUUGGGCAUCAGGAACCCCUUCAAUGGUUUCAAAUCGUCAAGGCUCAACAAUGACUCCUAAUUCUGUGAGUUUCAAGACAAAAGAUGUCCCUGAUGGUCACUUAAAAGCAGACAAUAUCUCAAAUCUUCAAGUUAAAUACGGAAAUCCUUCAAUUCAAAAUCUGAAAUACAAUCCAUCAACAGGAUCACCAUAUUUAGGUUAUUUGUUAGGUCGAAACAACACAGAUGGCAUCGAGAUACCAAAGAUUGCCACAUCAUCAGAGCUUUUUUCAUUAUUAAUCCAAGAUCUUCUUUCUUCGAAAGAAUUCAUUGGCUAUGAAGGAGUUUCAUUUACAAUUCCAGCCUACUAUACAUAUAAUCAGCGCAAAGAUAUCAUGAGAGCCAUCUAUAUUGCUAAUAUUCCUUUCUUAGGACUUUUUGAUGACUUCCACGCCAUCUCAUACGCAUAUGCACAUAAGAAUCUCGAUAGAUUUUCCGGAAAGAACCAUUCCGUCUUGUUUAUUGACGUUGGAGCCUCUCAUGCUUCUGCAUUUCGUGUAGAUUUUUAUUUGAACGAGACAGGAUAUAUUGCAAACCUUACAUCUUAUGAAUGGUCGGAAGAAACAGGAAGCUUCGCGUUUGCACGAGCUUUGGCCAAAGAAAAAUCGAUUUCUUUCAGAAAAGCAAUGAAAUUAGUCCAAAACGGAAGAGUUGAAGCAGAAACAAUAUCAAACGAACUUGAUGAACUCCAGAGAAUCAUCAAUAUAGCUCUAAAUGGCGAAAAAGUUGAUUUAGUCCAGUUAAUUGGCGGAGCUUCGAAAUUAUCUUUAGUUGAAGAAGCAGUUAAAACCGCAACACAAAUGGAAAUAAGUAGAGAACUUGCUUAUGUUGAUACAAACGCUCUAGGAGGUGCUUUAAUGGCUCAAAUCAUGGCAACUAACAUGGAAUGGCCAGUUCUGAUCAUUAGAUGCCCAAUUUACACCAUGGAUGUUCGCUGCAAGUCCGUGUCCCAGCAUUAUUGCGAUAAAGGAGGCAAAUGCGUCAAAAUGAUGAAAUUAGAUGACACAAUUUGCAAUGAUAUCGUAUUUGAAGCUGAUAAAUCUGAGAUUCCAAUAGGAACAGACCCAAAGAUCGCCGAAUUUCACUUAGACAACAUAAGUAAAUUCGAUCAUCUCAAAGGUGAUAGCAUAAAUGGCUUUUUAGAGCUUGAUCCCCCUCUUCCACAGCUUGUUUCUGUUGAUUGGUGCCUGUCUGCGACCUUGGAAUGCAAGCCAAUCAACUUUUCUACUUCGGUUCCUACUGAAGAAUUCGAAUCUUCAAAGGAUUUCGUAAAUUCUAUAAUCUCGUUUGAAAGUAGGACCAGAAAAGUUAUGGAAAUGAAGGCAAAAAUCAGAGUUUUGGCUGAUGAAUUAGUUUCUAACGCAAAAGGUGACGCAAUCGAAUCAGCGAAUAAGAUAUCAGAGAAAGUCACAAAGAUUGCUGACGAAAGUGAUGAUAUUCCUACUCUUGAAGACACAAUUAAGCAACUUAAAGAAUUAUAUGAGGAACAGGAAAAGUAUACAGCUGAUUUCAAUCCAGAAUUAUAA